AUGAUGUGUCGCCUACUGAACAGCUUGUUCUGUGUCUCACCUGUGAUGCGCGCGAGGAAGACUGUCAUCAUUGCUGUCGGCUGUGUGCUCGAAAGAGUGCGUGGGAAUGUAAGACGAUGCACCAAAGUAGGAAGUAUUCACCGACGCGCUACAUCCGCGUCGUAUCAUCGUUAAUAAAUCAGCACUGACACUGAGGACGAAGACGGUGGACUACAGUCGAGGGGAAUUGUUCAACCCGCCCAGGAUGCACCAUUCGAAAGUCAAGGGAGUCAGAGCCGUCCGGAGGCAUACCUCUCCUCCAAGCCGCAGUCUGGAGAGCAUCGAGGCGGUCUGGAGCGAGGGAAGAGCGGACUCGUUACCAAACCUUGUAGAGAGAAGACCGGAGCCGGAGAGGAGACCGUACCCGGUGAAGGUGAUGAACCCCGCGGAGAACGACUGCCGCGGCAGUAGGAAAAGGGGAUUCAAGCCCCCGGAUGUGAGGACCAUAUUCUCCCCCAUUGAGAGAGACUCCCGGAUGAGGGAUGAGAGGGGGGAGGGACACACCUUCUACCUUGGUAUUUCGGGCGCAUGGUGCGAUGUGUGCUGUGAAUACAUCCUCCACUUCUCCCUAAUGUGUUCAGGUGAGUUCUACUACUGUAUGAUGGUUCAGGUGAGAUAGUUUGACUGUCUUAACUCCAAUAUCCUCUGCUACAGCAGACAACAUACUGGUUAACAGAUAGCCUCAAGGUAUAAAGCCUAUCAAUAUAAUGACUUAUUAACUGGAUACCUAAACUGCCUUAUGAAUCUAGACUUUCUUACAGGCUCCAUACAAUCUGGAUAUAAACACAUACAGUGCCUUCAGAAAGUAUUCAUUCAUACCCCUUGGCUUAUUCCACAUUUUGUUGUGUUAAACCAGAAUUCAAAAUGGAUUAAAUAGAUUAUGUUUAUCACCCAUCUACACACAAUACCCCAUAAUGACAAAGUGAAAACAUGUUUUUAGAAAUUUUAGCAAAUGUUUAAAAAUGAAAUGCAGAAAUAUCUCAAAUACAUAAGUAUUCACACCCCUGAGUCAAUACUUUUUAGAAGCACCUUUGGCAGCGAUUAAAGUGGUGAGUGUUUUCUGGUUUAAGUCUCUAAGAGCUUUCCACACCUGGAUUGUGCAACAUUUGCCCAUUAUUCUUUAAAACAUUAUUCAAGCUUUGUCAAAUUGGUUGUUGAUCAUUGCUAGACCUCCAUGGAAAAAGUCAAGGGGUGGGAAUACUUUAUGUAGGCUGUACAUGUUCAGAAAGGCAUGGCUACAUACAGACUACUUCCACACAGGGCCAGGCUCUACACACACACACACUCACACACUCACACUCACACACACCAUGCUGAUAAACUGGUUUGAAGGGAAAACACUGCCAUUCCUGUACGCUCAUACACAUGCUUUCCUCUCGGCUCAGCUCUCUCUGCAUUCUUCCACUGACAGUCACUCACUCACUUCCUCAAGCUAAUGUCAUAGGAACCUGUUUACUGAUGAUUGAUACAGUAUAAUCUUGUUGUUACUCCUAUCAUUUCUGCAUUACUCCCCGCUGGGCAAAAACUGGUAGAAUCGAUGUUGUUUCCACAUCAUUUCAACCCCCAAAAUCUAUGUGAUGACGUUGAAUCAAUGUGGAAAACUGAUUGGAUUUGCAAAAAGUCAUCAACUUAAGGGCAUUUCUUUUAACCUAAAUCCAAUGACAUGGUGACAUUUUUUGUUGAUUUCACGUUGAAUUCACAUUAAUUGACAACUCAACCAAAUGUAAAUCAAAACUAGACCUUGAACUGACGUCUGUGCCCAGUGGACCAUCAGUCAUCAUACGUGUAAAAGCAUUGCUUGUACGUUGAUGGUUUUAAAGCACCUCUCCAUAUUGUCAUGUCAUUCUGCAGUGGUCUGAUACAGUUGCAGCCUCUACUGUUGGCCUAUGUUACAUUAACUUGUUGACAUAUGCAAUAUGAUGAUCCAAUGUCCAGUUGUGUCUUAACUAGACACUGAGAGUGGGUAAAUGCAAAUGCUGUAAAAUAUUUCCUCCUCUACACAUCUGGCAUAGAAUGGGUCAUAACCCAAUCAUGAUUAGAACCAUACCUUGGCCAUUAGAACCAUAAAUUGGCCAUUAAAAACCUGGUCAUUAGAACCCUAACCUGGCUAUAAGAACCCUAACCAGGUCAAUUCAUCCCUAACCUGGUCAAUACAACCAUAACCUAUUUCAAGUUUUAAUGUCACAUGCACAAGUACAGUGAAAUGCUGUUCUUGCUAGCUCUAACCCCAACAAUGCCGUAAUCAGUAACAAUGUAAUACUACAAAUAACAAGGUAGAACAAAAACACACAAGCUAUAAAAAUAAGAAAUAAGAACAUGAUAAAGUAAGUAAGCAUACUAUAUACAGGGUCAGUUCCAGUACCAUAUUUACAAUGUGCAGGGAUACUGGAUCGAUAGAGGUAGAUAUGUAUAGGGGUAAGGUGACUAAGCAUCAGGAUAUAUUAUAAACAUUGUAGCAGCAAUGUAUAUGAUGAUUGUAUGUGAGUGAGUGUGUGUAGAGUCAGUAUAAAUGUAUGUGAAUAUUAAGUGUGUGAGCAAAUGAUGGAGUGAGUGUUUCUAUGUGUGUUGGAGUAUCAGUGUGCGUAGUGUGUAGGGCCCUGUGAGUGUGCAUAGAGACAGUGCAAAAAUAAGAAUAAAAUACAAAGGUCAACUCAGAUAGUCCGUGUAGCCAUUUUGUUAGCUAUUCAAUAGCAUAGAGAUCAUAUUAAAUUACUAUUAGUAUUCUUAUUCCUAAUUCUAAGUGCAAUAGAACCCUAAUCUGGUCUUUAGAACCCUCACAGGUUCUGCACUGCUGUCCCCUGCCCUAUGUAGCAGCUCUGGCAGUCCUUUAUCAUAGGAUAACCAGCUGAAUUCCUUCUGUUAACCCAAAUGUGACAUCGGGCUGUACGGCCAAAGUGAGACUGGACUCAGGUUGCAGCAGGUGAUCCGGUGUGGGAGGGAAAAAGAACCAGCAGUAUGUUCUGACCACUCAGUGAAUGUUUAAUGGUGUUGUGAAGUUUUCUGCUCUCGCACUUAGUUGACUCCCUCCCUGUGGGGUUCUUUUGUCGGGGGGAGGAGCUAUUCUGUUAUCAAAAAAUAUCAAAUACAAUUUUAUUGGUCGCAUACACAUAUUUAGCAGAUGUUAUUGCGGGUGUAGCGAAAUGCUUGUGUUCCUAGCUCCAACAGUACAGUAAUAUCUAACAAUACACAACAAUGCACACAAAUCUAAAAGUAAAAUAAUGGAAUUAAGAAAUAUAUACAUUUUAGGACGAGCAAUGUCCUAUGUAUAUAUACAGUGCAUUCGGAAAGUAUUCGGACCCCUUGACUUUUUCCAAAUUUUGUUACGUUACAGCCUUAUUCUAAAAUUGAUUAAAUUGUUUUUUUCCCCCUCAUCCAUCUACACACAAUACCCCAUAAUGACAAAGCAAAAACAGGUUUUUAGAUUUUUUUUGCAAAUUUAUAAAAAAGAAACAACUGAAAUAUCACAUUUACAUAAGUAUUCAGACCCUUUACUCAGUACUUUGUUGAAGCACCUUUGGCAGCGAUUACAACCUUGAGUCUUCUUGGGUAUGACGCUACAAGCUUGACACACCUGUAUUUGGGUUUCUCCCAUUCUUCUCUGCAGAUCCUCUCAAGCUCUGUCAGGUUGGAUAGGGAUCGUCGCUGCACAGCUAUUUUCAGGUCUCUCCAGAGAUGUUCGAUCGUGUUCAAGUCCGGGCUCUGGCUGGGCCACUCAAGGACAUUCAGAGACUUGUCACGAAGCCACUCCUGCAUUGUCUUGACUGUGUGCUUAGGGUCGUUGUCCUGUUGGAAGGUGAACCUUCGCCCCAGUCUGAGGUCCUGAGCGCUCUGGAGCAGGUUUUCAUCAAGGAUCUCUAUGUACUUUGCUCCGUUCAUCUUUCCUUCGAUCCUGACUAGUCUACCAGUCCCUGCCGCUGAAAAAAACCAUCCCCACAGCAUGAUGAAAUAUCCCCACAGCAAGGGAAGGGGACUGAAUACUUUCCGAAUGCACUGUGUAUGUAUGUAUAUGUAUGUAUAUGUGAUGGGAUGUAUAGACAUUAUGGACAGUAUGUGGAUAAAAUAUGUACUCUAUCUGAAGAAUACGUAGGACAGAAAAAUAUAUGUACAGCAAUAGUUGAAUAGGAUGGACCUGACUAGAAUACAGUAUAUACAUAUGAAAUUGGUAAAACAGUAUGUAAACAUUUAUUAAAGUGACCAGUGUUCCAUGUCUAUGUACAUAGGGCAGCAGCCUCUAAGGUGCAGGGUUGAGUAACCAGGUGGUAGCCGUUAGUGACAGUGACUAAGUUCAGGGCAGGGUACUGGGUGGAGGCCGGCUAGUGAUGGCUAUUUAUCAGUCUGAUGACCUUGAGAUAGACACUGUUUUUCAGUCUCUCGGUCCCAGCUUUGAUGCACCUGUACUGACCUCACCUUCUGGAUGAUAGUGGGGCUCGGGUGGCCUUGAUGAUCUUGUUGGCCUUCCUGUGACACCGGGUGCUGUAGAUGUCCUGGAGGGUAGGCAGUGUGCCCCCGGUGAUGCGUUGGGCAGACCGCACCAUCCUCUGGAGAGCCCUGCGGUUGCGGACGGUGCAGUUGCCGUACCAGGUGUUGAUACAGACCGACAGGAUGCUCUCAAUUGUGCACCUGAAUGUGGCGCCUUCUUCACCACACUGUCUGUGUGGGUGGACCAUUUCAGAUUGUCGCCCUGUAGAUGCGGAUGGGGGUGUGCUCCCUCUGCUGUCUCCUGAAGUCCACGAUCAGCUCCUUCAUUUUGUUGACGUUGAGGGAGAGGUUAUUUUCCCGGCACCACUCUGCCAGGGCCCUCACCUCCUCCCUGUUGGCUGUUGCGUCUUUGUUGGUAAUCAGGCCUACCACUGUUGUGUCGUCUGCAAACUUGAUGAUUGAGUUGGAGGCGUGCGUGGCCACGCAGUCAUGGGUGAACAGGGAGUACAGGUGGGGGCUGAGCACACACCCUUGUGGGGCCCCUGUGUUGAGGAUCAGCGAAGUGGAGGUGUUGUUGCCUACCUUCACCACUUGGGGACGGCCCGUCAGGAAGUACAGAAUCCAGUUGCACAGGGCGGGGUUCAGACUCAGGGCCCCGAGCUUGGAGGGUACUAUGGUGUUGAAGGCUGAGCUGUAGUCAAUUAACAGCAUUCUUAAAUAGGUAUUCCUCUUGUCCAGAUGGAUAGGGCAGUGUGCAGUGCGAUGGCGAUUGUAUCAUCCAUGGAUCUAUUGGGGCGGUAUUUAUCCCUGUCACUCACACUUAGCUGGCCAGAACCAUUUGCCUUAUAGGCCCAAAUGGUCAGCUCAGCCUGAAUGGCCUGGUCCAAAUCCAUUUACAUGGAGAGGUGAGAAGUUGGUUAAAUCAGAUUAGACACAGAGGAGAUGGUGGAUUAACACAACCUUUCAUUCACUACAGGGAAAUGUUAGAGACCUGUUGUGCUCCUGGAUGAGGAAAUAAUUUGUUGUAAUUCUCAUGAAUAGAUCAGCUUUCAUUCUCCACCGAAGGCUGUGUGUGUUUGUGUGUGUGUGUGUACCUACGCGUGCCUGCCUGCGUGUGUGUGUGUGCGUGCGUGCAUGUCUGCGUGUGUGUUUGCCCUAGUGCCCAGCUGCUGUUUGUGCAGGAGCAGGGACAGUGUGGCUCCAGAAGACACUGCCCUCUGUGACAGGUUAAUGACCCAACACAAUGACCACACACACACUUUAUUUAUUACUAUCCUUGUGGGACCUAAAAUUAAUUUCAAUUCAAAAUCCUAUUUACCCUAAACCUAACCCUAACCCUCACCCUAACCUUAACCCUAACCCUAACUCCUUAACCUAACGUCUAACCCCUAACCCUAAUUGUAACCAUAACCUCUAACCUAACCCAUAAGCCUAAAAUAGCCUUUGUCCUUGUGGGGUCCUGGGAAAUGUCCCCACAAGGGAGAAUUGUCCUUGUUUUACUAUCCUUGUGGGGAUUUCCAGUACCCACGAGGAUAGUAAUACACACACACAGGGGGGAAUGGGGGACUACACUAAGGGGAGGGACUAGCCCAGGCCAGACAUGACACAGAAAAGCCAGAUGGGGCAGGAUAGAGAGAGAGAGAAAGAGAGGGGGAGAAAGAGGGUAGAGAGGGGCCAGAGUGAAAGACAGUCCAGAGCUGGGAUUUGCAGGACCGGGGCGACCUUAUGUUGGAUAUGCCCAGUGUGUAUGAGUUGGAACCUGGUUGUGUGAGUGAAUGAGCAAUGGGGCUGGCUAAAGGAUUUGGGAGGACUCUGCGGAGGUUAUCUGGUUUCUUCUUCCGUGUUCCCAAACUGGUCCGCCGCUCUGGACGCCUGGAACUAAGCCUCCUUUGGAGGAACUCUGGUGAGUGUGUGAGUGUGUGUCUGUGCGUGUGUGUGUGGGCCUGUGUUUAGCCAACCCCAGAGCAUGGUGUUAAGGCAGACAGAGGGUUUGGUGUCACUAAGAGGCCAUGACCUGAGAGAUAAAACAAGUGUAUGUACUCUAUAUACUGUUCCUUAUAAACACAUUGUUUAGGGACCUACAGUUCAGGUCCUUCAGUGUUCAUGUUUCGUAGAGACCAGCCACAGAUGCAGUGUUGUGUCCACAGACAGACAGAUCACUCAAUGUCAUCCCUGACCUGUCAUGAAACACGCUAGACUCAGCACAAACACUUUGUGUAAAAGGCUGGCAGACAGACAGACUCUGCAGAGAGACCGAAAGAUGGGAUACCGGUGAGAGGGAGAGUGGAAGAAAGAUAUGCGCGUUCCAUAAUUAAGUGUGUGUGCAUUUCAGUUAGGUGUUUAGCAGCCAUGUGUUAAAAGGCUCAUAAGUGUUGAGUGAAUGGGUUUAGUCCCGUUGCUGGUUCUAUGGGAAACUGUUUACUGUUUACUGAGGAAAACAACACUACCACAGUGGAAUGACAACCCUUCCUUCUCCUCCACUGACAGUCUGCACGGUCUGAGACCACCUGCUGUCCUGGCAGUGUGUGUUUUAGGGCAGUGUGUGUUGUUAGUGGAGCCAGAUAAGAAUGAGAGACUUGGAAUUUAGAAUUGAAGUCUCUGAAUGUAGAAUGUGGAAUUAAGAAUGUCGUUAAGUAUGUGCAAUGCUGCUUCAAAAAGGAGAUCUAUUUUCUAUUGUCUAAAGACAACGCAGGAACAAAUACAACACACCACCUUUCUGGACUAGCCACACAAAUACACAGCUCUUCAGCCCCAGACCACGCUAUUCCUAUUACAGUCCAAUACUAAACAGUGUUGUUCUAUGACAGGUAUUGUGUUGCAGCAUCCAGAGCCUUAGUGUCAUACCAACUGCUUUAGUAAAUUGAUCACGUCGACCCAUAGCCCAGAUACAGCUAUUGUACCAACUGAAACACAAGGUUUCACUCAGCUUUGAUUACAGGAUAAGAUAACUCUCUCUCUCUCUCUCUCUCUCUCUCUCUCUCUCUCUCUCUCUCUCUCUCUCUCUCUCACACACACUCACACACACACACACACACACACACACACACACACACACACACACACACACACACACACACACACACACACACACACACACACACUCCAUCCCCAAACACGCACACAGGUCUACCUGGUCACAGCGGGACUCCAAGAAGUGUAGUCUUGAGUACUGCUAUGUCUUCUGCAACCACCCAGUGUGUCCUCUGGGUGAAGGUCUGGCUCUGCCCUGUUUACACACACUCUGCAAACCCUCUCUUUUAAAACCAAGGCUAUGGUCUUUACAUGUUGGGAGUGGUACUGCAAGAUCCAAGUAUUUUACUCUGGUAAACAGUCUUUGCGUCAGGGAGAAUGGUGUUUACAGGGCGGAGGGUGGGGGGGGGGGGGACCGGCUGGGGGCGUGUGUUGUAGGGAGGGGGAGUUUGGCUGAAUUGGCUCUUAACACGUCAGUGAGAAGGUAGCCACAGGUUCCUCAUCUUUCCUCCCAGCACACAGAGACAUGGUUAGACAGCCAGCUCUAAAUACUACACACAGCUGACACUGGCUAGGCUCAGGGGCGAGUGGUGUUGGUAUGCAUCUGUUUGUGGAGUGUGUUGGUGUUCUUUGUGUGGGUGUGGGUGUGGGAGUGUGGGAAGAUGCUGAGUUGCGCUCUGUUCUCCUCUCAGCUCCACUGAUUAAGUCUGAUCGAUUGGUUUUGCCUGGCUGAUUACAGGAAGGGCAAUUAUCAAUGAGACAGCACAGCUAUACCACACACACACACACACACACACACACACACACACACACACACACACACACACACACAGCACUCCCCACAGGCCCAGGAGACUCCCAGGGGAAAAAAGUGCUUAACUCAUCAGACAGACAGUAAAAAUCAUCAUCAUCAGAUUUCUGUCUGUCUGUAUUUUGCAGUUUUUUAGCGUAUUUAUUUCUCCUCACUGGGGUGAGACAAAUCUCCUCAAAGUUCAUGCAUCAUAGGCAUAGUAUCUUAUGGCUGAUGACAUAGCCUAUGAUGGUGUUUGUUAUUAUUUAAUGGCGUAGUGGACGGACUGUGUAACAUUUCCUCUCUGGUUUUGUCACAGCGCCAGGGCCUAGCUGGGACAAUGCUCAGGCUUUGCCUCAUUGUAUCGAGAGCUACAGAGGGUUAGAGAAGGUUAGGGCAGGAAGCCUAGCAGACAAGAGCUGGCCACCCUCUUUGUGUGCUGGUGAGUUCAGAGAGGGGCAUCCCUGGCCCACACACACAUGGACGCACACACACUCUCUCACACGCACGGACUAACACACUCUCUCUCUCCCUCUAUCUCUCCCUCUCUUUUCUCUCCUACUCUCUGUGUGUCCAUCACUGUGACCCAAUGAGCCUCCAUUUGACAGGCAAAUCACCCACUCAGCACUACCAUACAGAGAGAGUGGGAGGGGGAGACAGAGAAGGAGUGAGUGAAUGUGGGAGAGAAAGAGAGAGAGAGAGUGGUAGCAGCUAGGCAAAUGAGUCUCUGUGUAGGUCUGGGCUGGCGAGGGAGGUGGGGGUUCCCAAUCCACACAGGCUAUUGUUCCUGAUGCUUGUUGUGCCUGUGUGUAAGAGAGUGAGUGCGUCAAGGCUGGGCCUGUUGCUACUGGCAAGUGGUGGUACAGUGUAGGCAGUGGUCAAGGAGAAUUGGUUAGCGGACAGAGCAUUGAAGGAGAGCUUCAGAGAGAAGAGUGUGUGAGGCAGGAGGGAGAUGGUGUGCUGGUCGGGGAUGGGAGCAGCCAUCUGUAAACUGUCGGUGAAGCUCAGUCAGCAGGUGAAGAGGAGGUCCUCAGGUAAGAGAUGAGACAUACACACACACACACUCUGUUCCUGUACAUCACUGCUAACAGUGAGGACUUGCUGGAUGUUCUGUACUCUGCAGAGGGAGUGUCACAGUGAUGUGUAAUGUAUUCUGUGUUAUUAGCGGUCUCUCCCUGUCUCUCCUCCAUACUGAGUUAUUUCUAAGUGGGCUGCUGGAUGCUGGCCAGCCAGCGCAGAGAAUGAGAGGAGAAAGAGAAAGAAAGAGAUAUUAGAGAUUCCUUCAACCUUUUCUUCUGCCGUGGCGGAGUUACAGUAUGCAUAAGAGGACGUUUCUGUGUCACUGUAGACUUUUCCCAGCCUGUCAGACAGAUCUGAUUGAAUGUCAGCUGAACAGUUCUUCUUGUUCGUUGUCAUAUAAUGUUUACUUUUUGUUGGACUUGGAAUAGUUAGAAUAGUAACUUUGUUUCACUUGACUGAGCUGAAUGUUAAUAGCUCAGAUGAAAUAUUGUUUUAAUUGUGACUAUGAAUGGGGUCAGUAUGAUUGUUUGCAUACUGUGGACAACCUAAUUUCCAUCCUGUCCUCUCUUCAGACACAACACAAGAUGACCUGAAUAUUGCUGCUACUAGAGACCUGAGCCUGGAGACCCAGGGAAUAUUUGCUUAGCCGUUUGGGGUUGCGUUAUAGAUUAAAUAUGUUAGUGGCUGGGUUAUAUGUUAGUGAUUUGGUUAUGGAUUAAACUUGUUAGGGGUUGGCUGCGUAAUUAACAUAGUACUUGUGACCUGAGUGUAUCCACGGGUCUCUGUUAAUGAUCACGCUGCUAUUGAGGCAACACAGAUAAAAUACUUUAGAUCCUCCUGGCAAGGAAGUGGCAAGAGUCUUUAAGAGGUGUAAGAAUAGCUAGGAGUACGAAAUGAGGGUAUUUGGUGCAGUGUUAAACACUGUCAGCAGUAGCCUUGGCCCGCUCCGUUGACACACACCGAGAGAGAAUGCAGGCUCUAUGAGUCUGCAAGGUUAGAUCAGAGUGUGCUCUUCACAAUUGUUUAACAAGCUCCUCUCCUCCUGCUCCAGGGUGUAAGUAUACAUGUCACCCAGAGUGUCGAGAGCGAGUGUCGUUGGACUGUCACCCCAGUGGUCCUGUUGCCGUUGACACCCCCCUCAGCCCCUUCAGCCAGGACCACCUCAACAACAACACACCGCCCGUC